AUGGCCACCUUAUCUGUGACUGAUCUGCCCUUGCUCAUUUAUCUGCACGGUGGUGGAUAUGUGACAGGAGGCCAGGAAACAGAUGAUAAGGCCUGUCGUGCGCUGGCCCCUCAGAUUCCUGUGCUGGCACUGAAUGUCGAGUAUCGUCUGGUGACUGAGCAUCCCUUCCCCAUUGGGUUCGAGGAUAGUUUUGAUGUCGUUCGUUGGGGGAGCUGA